AUGGGUACUAAAAAUUCAAAGAUUGCCGAUGGAGCUGCACAAGUGGAACAGACAAUGGCUCGUACCAUGUCUGAGAACAAAGUCAUUUACAAAAUGGUUGACAUGCACGGAGGAGGUAUUCUUAUAAAGCUGGCAAGAAAGUGCAAAGAGCUCAAUUCAUUUGUUCUCCUUGAUGCGUAUCUUGACCAGGAAGUUCGGAAGUACAUGUAUAAUGGCGGAAAAGGAAAAUUAAUGCCAGUGGCGGAGCUUGUCAAGGCUAGAAAUAAGGAAAGAAAUGCAAAGCUUGGAGCAUUCUCUCGGAAGAAAGGAAAAGGUAAAAGUGGACCAAAUAUUUUGGAUGAAUUCGAUCAGGGACAAGCUGAAAUGGCUGGAGAUCUUAAAAAAGCUUUGAAACUUCUUGACGGUGGCGGAAAAGGUGGAAAAUCAGAGUCAAAAUAUCGAGAAAUGGUAUGGAGCGUUGAUGAAAGAGGUUCAAUGGGAGAAAACCUAUUGGCUAUAUGUCUCCUUCAGGGAAGUGCUCUUCACAAUUUGAUUGCACGGCGAUUGAUCAAUUUUUUUCCCAAACUGAUCAAUGACAUUUGUGUUUCUGAAGAAUACUACGGUUUGUCCCCAUUACACUUGGCAAUUGUAAACCAGGAUGCACAAUUCACUUCAUUACUUCUCCGUCUUGGCGCUGAUUUGAAUCAGAGAUGUUAUGGAGCAUUCUUUUGUGCAGAUGAUCAAAAAGCCAGUCGAACUGAUAGUUUGGAGCACGAAUUUGUAGAGCUCACAAAGAAUACAAAUUAUACUGGAUCAAUGUAUUUUGGAGAAUAUCCACUAUCAUUUGCUAUUUGCAUGGGACAACAUGAUCUUUUCCGAAUGCUUCUUGCCAAAAAAGCAAAUUUAAGUGCUCAGGACACCAACGGGAAUACUGCACUGCAUUUAUGUGUGAUUCAUGAUAAAAUGGAUAUGUUAGAUGCCGUUUUGGAAGCUGGUGGAAAUAUAAGAUUAGCCAACAAACAAAAUUUGACCGCGCUCACUUUGGCCGCAAGAUUGGCCAAGAAAACUAUGUUCAACAAAAUCUUGCAACUAGAAUGUGAAAAAGUGUGGACUUAUGGUUCAUCACAAUGUGUAGCUUAUCCUCUUACAAAAAUUGAUACAAUUGAUGAAACAACUGGAGAAAUGAAUGAUACUAGUGCAUUGUCUUUAGUAGUAUAUGGAGAAUCAAUUCAACAUCUAGAGCUUAUGGAUGGAUUAAUUGAACAAAUUUUGGAUGAAAAGUGGAAAGCAUAUGGAAGAGCUCUUUGGCUCAGAUCUCUUCUCGGAUUCAUUUUCUUUUAUUGUUGUUUUGUAUGUGCCUACAUGCUUCGUCCAUCUUCAGCAACUACUGAACACCUAACUCGUGGACGUAUCAAUGAUGAUGGAGAAACUGAAUCUACAAACUCAACAAACUACCUACAAUGGCAUGCAAUUGAUACACAAUGUCAUUUAAUGUAUUAUUCUGCAUGGCCAUGGUAUCAUGGAUGGUUUCGUCUUGGUUGUGAGAUUAUGACAAUUAUUGUUAUGCUAUUCCAAAUAUUACUUGACUUUGGUGAUAUUAGACGAAUUGGAUUUCAAAAAUGGUUCAACUUUCUGAAAGCAUUCCCUGCAAAGCUUAUGUUUAAAGGAGCAUUUCUUUUUAUUAUCAUUUCAAUUCCUUGUAGACUUGCUUGUUCUUUUCAUGAGUUUUUCCUAACAAUUGACAAUACCAUGGCAAUUAUCAGUAUACUUCUUGUCACUCAACACUUUUUAUAUUACAUGAGAGCAAUUCCAUUUGUUGGACCUUUCGUUUUAAUGGUUUAUACAAUAAUAGCAACAGAUCUUGUCAGAUUUGCAAUGAUUUAUUCUAUAUUUCUAGUUGGUUUCUCUCAAUCUUUUUACUUGAUUUUUACUUCUUGUGAACGUGACUCUACUGCAAUCAAGAAAAUUGAUCCUAUGGGUUCGGAGUUCAAUAAUAUUAUGGAAAACCCUGUUGAUGCUCUUCUUCGUACAUUUAUCAUGACAAUUGGAGAGUUUUCUGUUCUUUAUCGUGAAAUGUCAGCUUGUGAUAAUUUCUGGAUGAAAUGGAUCGGGAAACUUAUAUUCGUAAUCUUUGAGACAUUUGUAUCAAUUCUCCAAUUCAAUUUGCUUAUUGCCAUGAUGACUAGAACUUAUGAAACAAUAUUUUUGACACGAAAGGAGUGGAAAAGGCAAUGGGCUCAAGUCAUUCUAAUGUUGGAAAUGGGAUUAUCACCUGCAAGUCGGAAGAUGCAUUUACUUAGAUAUACAAGACCAACUGGUAUCAAUAAAAGAGUUAGAAGUUAUGUUGUGGUAUCUAAAGGAGAAGGUGAAAGAACUGAAAAGAACGAAUUAGCUGCGAGAGAAGCAAAAGAAGAACAGAAAAGAGAAGAGAGAAGACAGUUGUUAAAGAAGAAACAAAGAGAACACGAAGUGAAGGCAAAGGCACUGGCAAUGAUGAGUGCCAAACUCCACAUUGAGGUCAAAAAACGAAGAAUUCUCAGGCAGCAAACUGUUGAUGCAAACUCGAAGAUGUGAAAUUCAUAUUCUAAUAUUAAUUUUUUAUUUAAAAAUUAAAACAACAUUUAUAAUAGUUAUAAAUUUUUCUUGAUGAAUAUAUCUGCAUCACUAAUACCCAUCUCGUAAUAUUGUUUCAAAAUAAACCUAUUUGGUG